AUGAGUAGAAAAGGAGUUAUAGCCAAAAGAGUGAAGACUGCUCCAGACGGCUCUAUCGAGAAUCAGCGUCCGAACGCGCAGUCCGGCUGGCCGAGGAACGAAUGUUCCGGCCGGCCGCGAUAUCAUCGCGUCCGCAAGUCCACGGCCGAUCCCACGUCCGACCCGGGAAACAUCGUCCCGCGGUCGGCCAACCACUUCACACGCCACGCCGCGCACGACCGCGCCGGGAAGGCAAGCCUCGCGGCCGCGCACAACCUCACGUACCGCGGCCGACGCAUCCGUCCGACCAGGAAGCAUCGUCCCACGUCCGGCCAAGUUCAUCGGCCAAAUUCAUCCGUCCGACCCGCGGCCGACCGAAAACUCCGGCCACGAUCGUUCCGACCGUCGAUAGCCGAACGACCCGACGACCGGCCGAUCGUCCCGACCGACCGUCCGAACGCCGCGGUCGACCCGAAGCCGUUUUUGAAGCCCAAUCCGCACAAUUCAAGCCCAAGCCGGCGCCGACCUAGCUAG